UCACGGUGUUACACAUGUAGACUGCCUAAUACUAGUUGUUUCAUAGUCGUUCUACCAGCACGUCUACUAUACAACAUUAGAGUUACUUUAAACCACGGUUAACCAGAGCAAAUCGAAAGUGCGGACAUACACCAAUAGCACAUACAUCAUUACAUGUUACCAGUAUACGAGGUUCAUAUAUAGUAAGGAAAUUAAUUCGAAACCAAGUUUUUGUCCGCUGCGUAUUUACUAUGGAUAAGAUACUUGCACCUUAACUAGGAUCGUGAAAAGAUAAAAUAUAAAUAUUAUUUCGUUUCUACCCUUCAAUUAUACCACGUGUGUGUGUGUGUGCAAUUUUAUCAAAUGGGAUACAAAGGCGUUGUUAUACGGUUAAGUAUGGAGUGAAAUGGUUGCUGAAAGGAUAUCAUCUUACAUUGAAAGGUCCACUUCAGUCGUACAUGACAUUGUGGAAUGGAGUCGCAGGGACAAAAAUCAGAUUUAUCAUAUCCGGGAAAAUCAGACGGCGAGAUAUUAGAUCAAUCAGAUCCGGGAAAAUCAGACCGUGAGCAUUUGGAUCCGUUAGUUGCGGUGAAAUCAAAUCGCGGAAUAUUAGAAUUUCAAGAAGAAAAGAUCAAUCACGAAAGGAUUGAUAACGGACACUUAGAUACGGGGAUUUCAAAUCACGUCAAAUUAAAUCAUUCAAUGUCAGAUCCGGGGAAGCUUGGUCUAGAACAUACGAACGGAGUAGAUUUUCAAUACACUACAAUGAAUAGCGAGUUUCCGGUUGAAACGGAAGUGGACGGCCUGGAAAAUGGGAUCGCUCAGAAAGAGGAGAUAAACUGUGAGGCAUGCAAGAAACAAUCCAAAAUGAAAGUUGCCACGAAAUACUGUUGGCAGUGCAGCCAGUACAUCUGCGACCAUUGCGAGACGAUGCACGGCUACUUUGCCGCUCUCGAGACGCACCUGUUGGUCAACAUCGAGGAGCUGCGCGCCACCCGGGCGCCGGAAGCGGAUGGCGCGCCAGUGCUGCCGAUCGAGUACUGUCCAAAACAUCCGGCGAAGCUAAUCGACAUGUAUUGUCGGAACCAUGACGUGGUCGCGUGCUCCCUGUGUUUUCUGCCCCACUAUAAGUUAUGCGGGGAUAUACACUACGUUCCAGACAUUGCUCAAGAAACCGUAGAUAUGGUCGGAGUAGAAAAAACUCAGACGGACGUCCGGGCCACCACGCGAAAUAUCGAUGACGUCAUCGCCAUGUGUCAGACGGUAAUCUCUGACCUUGACUCUUCUAAACAGGUUGCCAUGGAAACCAUCAGGGACUUCCGGUUGUAUCUGAAAAAGGUGAUCGAUAAAAUCGAGCAGAAGACUAUACACGAUGUAGAGGCGAGACACAAAGACCUUGUUAAUCAAGUUGAAGCCGAGAUUACAAAGGCCUUGACCCUAAAGGUCAGUGCUGAAGAGAGGUCACUGCAGCUUCAGAUCGCAGAUGGUAACAAAUCAAGGUUACUGGUCAGUCAGACGUUCGGUAAACAUGUAGUGUUAGAUUAUGAGUCUCUAAUAAAACAAAUAAAGCAGACGACGGCUAAAACGAAGAUUUUCUAUCGAAACGAUUCCACGAUAACGUCGUUUCUCAACAGUUUACCCGGUCUUGGGUUCAUACGAGACCAAAAACCUAAGUUCGCGGUUGUGAAAAGCUGUGAAAAGUAUGACGUAAAGCUGGACGGUGACGAAAACUGUAUUAUCUGGGGGUCCUGCAUAGAUGGCAAUGGUAACAUAGUGUUAGCAGACAAUGCAAACAACUCGCUCAAAUUAAUGGACAAAAUGAACUACAACAUUAUAGCAAAAUGCCCUCUCCCGGCCUCCCCACGAUCCCUGUACAGAGUUAAUGAGACGGAGGUCGCGGCAAGUCUUAGUAACAGAACGAUUUGUUUCGUACAGAGCGACGAAGAAUUGACAAUAAAGCGUUUUGUCGAAGUAGAUCACAAUUGCUUCGGCCUGGCGCUUGCCGACGGUGAGAUGUACAUAUCCGACGGCAGCCAGCGCGUGUUAGUGUACACAUUAGACGGGAAGCACGUGCGAACCAUCGAGAGGGAUCAACACGACGAUGUGAUAUUCUCGGAAAGUCGCGAUAUCACCACGAGCGAUGACGGGAACCGGAUCCACGUUGCGGACAGUAGAAAAGGGGUCGUGACAUUAAACAAGGAAGGUCGGCUGCUGUGGCGCUAUAAGGGGUCAGAGGUAAAAGGGGCCUACGGCGUCUGCACGGACGGCUCUGGAAAUCUUCUGGUUACCGGCAUCUUGUCACACAAUGUGGUCAUGAUCGGGAAGAAUGGGGAGAAAGGCGGCGAAGUCGUCAAGCCGAGCGAUGACGUCACUAGUCCUGUGUCCGUCUGCUUCGACAGACAGAACGAGCGCGUGCUGGUGACGCGAAAUGGAAACUAUAUAUAUGCAUUCGAAUUUGAAUGAAAUUAGCGUAUUGCAACUGCUCAAGUGCAGUAAGAGCUGUGAUUUUCACUCUUUACUUCACAAAAUUCCUGUCUCAGCCAUAUCGUUGCCAUGAUUAUAUUGAGUAUUUUUUCUCAAUAACUUUUCACAAAAGUAAAUUUAAAAAAAAUGCUUGAUGUAAUGAAUGUUAACUGUCCAGCCGAAACAACAACAACAUUUUUUUUAAAGGGGCCUUUUCACAGAUUUUGGCAUGUAUUGAAGUUUUUCAUUAAAUGCUUUAUAGUGUUAAUGUAAACAUUGGAUGUAAAAAGCUCCAGUAAAAAAAGAGCAAGAAUAAAAUUAAAGAAAGCAAAAAAAGUAACCCUCAUCUGGGCUCGAAUCACUGACCCCUGGAGCAAAAGUUUAUCACUUAGACCACUCGGCCAUCCAUACUCAUGCAAUGAGUGAUGUAUUUUAUACUUUAUAUUUAAGCAAUCAUUGUAGUAUCACAAAAUAUAACGACAACAACAGAACUCUCCAAAUUAUUCAAUCUUUUCGCGUUGCAACGUUUUAUAAUUUUCAGGUUUUUAAAUCGUCAAAAGAUGCAUAUAAUGGAUAUUUUAGAGCAUGGUAAAUGUUCACUAUUACUGCUUCCUCACAAAUAUCAUAACUACAACGAAAAUUUGCGAUUCUGAAACUUUUUUUUAUAUUUUGACCAUUUACCAAAACGUGAAAAGGCCCCUUUAAUACUAUUCAUUGAAUGAUCUGGUGUAUACUAUUUAUACGGAUCACGAGAUUUACCUUAAGGGUUGUAAAGACGGCGGUGUUGUUAUAAAAUACCAUCGAUAGUGCAUGCAAACAUCUUAAAAAUAUAAAAAUGAUAUCAUAUAUAACUACAUGUAGUUUAAGUAAACCGUAUCUUUAACCGGAUCUUAAUGCUUUGUCUGUUUUCAUGAAAUACAAAUGGCCACAUAUUUACCAAGAUAGUAUAAAUCUUGUCUGGGAGAAAAGAACUGUCCAAUUUGAUACAGAUUUUCGUGUGUAAACAAGGAAGUCGUGUUUGGGUUUCACACUGUUUUUGUUAUCACUCUGCACUUAUUCGAACACAAUGCAUUUUGACUUUACAAACGUGCAUGUUUUUGUUUUUGACCUAAAUGGUCUUUAAACAGGCCUUAUACUGCAAGGAUUGCGUUGUCAGCCAUCAUGUUUUGUUUUGUUGCUACAGUUUUGUGCAAAGCAAUGAAUUUGACGAUGUAUAUUUUGUUCCGUUUUACAUAUAUAUAAUGCAUAACUCUUUCAGAGGUUAACGUCCGUAAAAAAACUGUAUUAUUCAUUUGAAUUUCUAUGUUAACUCGAGUAGUUACACUCAAAUAUUGUCCCAUGGAUACCUGUGGUGCUGAUGUGUUGAUAUGUGUCUAUGUUUCAUGUAGCCGGCGAUUGACCCUGCAUCGUUAUUUUGUUUUAUUUUAAAAAUGUAUAGAUUAAAUAAAAUACAUGUAUACAUAGUUGAUUGAAGUGUAUUCUGUUUGUUAAUUUUAUUAAAACUAUUUUAUUUUA